AUGGCACCGCCUGGCACAGCACGGCAGGCACUGCUGCGCGGUGGGAAGCCUUUGGCAUCACACCCAGGGACCAAGACCAUCACCCAGGUUGCCUCCAGGUCUAAAUCCUGCAGCAGGACAGAGCUCCCCCGGGAGCCGUCCCUGCCGCCGCCGCUGCUGCUGCUGCUGCUGCUGCUGCUGCUGCUGCUGCUGCUGCUUGGGGGAGCUUUACACAUCAAGUGGAGUUUCAUUAUGAUGCCAGAAGACCAAAAGGAGAUGUCAGAAGUUACACACAGGAUGGCACGAAGCACCCCCACUCUACAGAGGAGUUCAGAAGGCAUGGAUGGGCAGCACGCCGGGUGCGGGGCCAUGAGCAACUGCACCGACCAGCAGUACUGGGACAGCCUCGUCUGCCAGUGCAUCCCCUGCAGCCUGGUCUGCGGCCAGCCCGCCGGCAGGAGGUGUGCCGCCCUCUGCGAGUCCAUGGAGUGCAACAGGAGAGUUGGCUUCUACUAUGAUGAGCUCCUGAAAGCAUGCAUUGAUUGCAGCGUGGUCUGUGGGCAGCACCCGAAGCAAUGUGCCCCAACCUGUGAAGAUGCCUGGGUGGCCACCCCGCCUCCACCAGCAGCUGUGCUGGAGCAGAAGGCUUGUGUGGAGCAGGAGCCAUGGCUGGUGGUGUAUCUGCUCCUGGGGCUCUGUCUCUGUGCCCUCAUCUGCUCCCUGCUCCUGGGCUGGACUCACCUGCGGAGGAAGGGUGAGGUGGUCUCCUGCCAAGCCAGUGCUGGGACAUGCCACCGCAAGGAGGACCCCUCCAAAGAUCACCUGGUGGAAGCAGGCAGCGUGGGUGAUGGAUUCGCCGGCAGCAGGGUCCCAGAGCCAGUGGAAACCUGUGGCUUCUGCUUCCCUGGACAUGGCUCUGCUGUUCAGGAGACCAAACCGUGCCAUGGCACCUCCCACCACGCCCAGGAAAGGGCUGCUCCCUCUCACACUGGAAGUGCUGGGGCCAUCCCCAGCCCUGAUGAUGGCCACUUCAAAAUCAUUUGCUCUCCUUCACAAGAGAAGACACCUGUGGCAUGA